GAAAGACUAAAGAGGGCUCAGGAGAUGGAUCGACAGAGGCGGGGAGGGAGGCGUACGGUUAUUGUUGGCGAGCAGAGGCAAAGAAAUCUAAGGAUGCUCUGCGACUACAUCGCAAGUCUCGCGCUGUCAGACGGUAACAAUACGGAAUCGCCGAGCUGAGGUCUGACUUGGAAGGGAUGCAUGGGGCAAUUAUUUUCCGCGCAAGCUAAUCGUGGACGGGGUGCCACCUGGCCAAUGUACAUUUCGCUCACAUGUAUAAAACCGCGGCCAUCCUGGCGCUGACAUGGCUUACUAUCGACAUAUUCCAAAUAGUAGUUCAUUUCCAUCAGACUGCCAUUACUUUUUUAUAUUUCCGACCAUGUCGUCCAAGGUGUCUUCCAUAUCCGAGUUGAAAAUACAUGCGGUAGACUCUACAGAUUCUCUAGUCAUCAACUCGCUUCCAGACUCUGACUCUGGUGUGAUACCCUCGGUUGGAACAUCAAAAUAUAAGCCUGGCCGCACCAAGCUCCACGCCUAUAACAAGAAACAGCGCUCUAUUGCGAAAUUGCGGAUGCGUACAGCGAGAACCAAAGCGUUUUUCUACGAGCAAGAACAGAAGCUGAAAUGCCGGAUGAGUCAAGUCGAGGCCCAGGAACGAGCCUUGCGCACCAAGACAAAUGACCUUGUUGUCAAGCUCGCCAAAGCAGAUAGUCUAAAGACCGAGUACGACGAGCAUGCAAAACGGCUUGAGCGCAACAGAGAUACAAUGGCCGACCUAGUCCAUCGCACCGACGAGCUAGUCCAGGUACACAAGACGGUUAAGGCUCAUGUGGUGAGUCGCAUCAACGAGCUCACAAACACGUACAAGGUCAUUGAGGACACCGACAUUGAGGCCAGCAGUGUCAAUACCACCCGCUCCAGCUUACCUAAAUCUGCAAUUUCCUUAGCAAGGACAGCAGAUAAGCUCAACAUCCACCCGACCGUCACCAGGAUUAUAGCCGGGCUGAAGGACGUGAAGAUUUUCAGCUACCCCGAAUACGCCGAGCUCCAGAAAAGGCUGGAAGAUAGCGAGUCUCGUCUUUCUGUGCUCGUAACCGAGAAUGCCCGUCUCAGCCGCAUCAUCGUCGCCCUCGAGAUCCCCAACGAGGAUGCGUUCCAAAAGCUCGAGGCUGAAUGCAGCAUGGUGCUGGACCUGCAAAAGAAGGAGCACGAAGAGGAGAUGGAGCAGCUCAAGAGGGAAUGCGAUCAAAAAGUCGAGGAUUUCUGUGUUCUGGCCAGAGACGCCAAGGCAGCUGCGUUUGAUAGAUACAGGUACCACAUCCGCAUCCUUGAAGAUAACGUGCGGGAUUUGAGCAAGAGACGCGAAGAGAAGGCUGACAAUGGUCCUGUAGCUCCCCGGCGGGUGAUGGCUGUUCAGUCUGGCCAGGCUGCUCUGACUGUCCGGACUGUUCCAUCUACUCCAUCCACUCCAUCUGCUCCAUCUGCUCCACCUGCUCCACCUGCUUUGGCGACUACGGGUCGCCAAGCUACACCACCUGUUCAAGCUACUGCGUGUGCACAGGCGUUUCCAAAGGUGCAGACGUCAUCAGGCCAGUCACCCCCCAAGGCAGUGCAAACUGUGUCUCAGCCUCGUCAGGCUGUGCGUAAACUAUCUGCCUGGGCAAAUUCAGCUGCUCCUCAUGUGAAGACCAUGCGGCUAGCUCGAUCCAGACCAUCUGCGCAGCCUGAUCACGCUGCUCAGCAGAGUAAGGAUCAGUUUGGAAGAACAUCUAUGCAUGCAAAAGUUACUGGCUACGACGAGGAGUUCGACGCAUAUGAAGUGAAGAUGCUAUUGGCAGAGUCUGCUGAUUCUAUGAACAAGUGCCCGCCCCCUCAUGAGUCCAUGUACUAUGACGAGACUGGGGAGCUUUUUACUCGUCCUGACUGGAAGCGUGCUACCAAGUUGUACUUUAGAAGGCUCGUCGGCAGGUUCUUGUCCUGCUAAAGUUUGAAAAAUAUAGCUACUCAUGCC